AUGUUCAAAGCCCUAAUAAUGGGCGGGCGCCGCUCGUCCUCGUCCGACAUUCGUAGCAGCUCCAAGAGCAGCCGGCGCAGGUCCAAAAAGCCUGAAAAGUCAAGUCCCAAGUCCUCGCAGGAUGACGAACAAUCCAGCCUCACCUACCCCACUUUGGGGCUUACCUCUACGGAAAUCCCCCAUACACAGAAGAUUGAAUCUCCAAGAACCUUGUACAAGGUCGGUUGGGGAAUCAGCCAUCAAUGCGCCGAUCUUAAGCGACUGGUUGGGGAUGGAACUGAGCAAAGUUCCGCCAUUUUGAGUGAACUGCAGCGGUUUGAGCUAUGGGCAACAAACCUCGGACUGUAUCACCGCGGGCACAGUUCCCUCGAUUAUCGAUGUCGUGAUUCACCCCUUGUUUUCAGUCAUGCUCUUGGCCUUCUUCAUGAUCUCCAACGGGCGCUUCGACAACUUGAAGAUUCUCUCCUCAACCUACAUGAAGAAGACGACGAUACACAUCAUGGCACUGAUCUUCAUAUUACCAAUGAUCAGGAAGAUUUCCCAGGGUCGGACGAUUCCGAUGAAGAGGACUUUUCCUCGUAUCAAACAGAGCCUCUCACAGAUGCUUACUUGGCCAACAUAAUUUCGACAAUCGACAGACUGUAUGGCCUCGCAUUCAAGAUUCGAAAUCCUACCAUGAGACUCGGAAUGUCCAAAGCAGCCACUUAUUCUGAGAUUGACCCAGAGACUAAGGCAGACCUCAUCAAAGAAUUUGAGCAAAUUGAUCGUCUUCAUGUCGAGGAGCUUUUUCGGUUCUUCGGUCAUUCAGACCCAGAUCCCAGGCAUUACUUGAUAAGACGUCUUGCAAAGGCCAAUACCCGACGUAGGCAGCAAUUCCGAUAUUGGAACAAGCGCAGGACAAAAUAUGAAGUGCCAGAACACCCACAGCAGCCGGAAAUUGCAUCCCGCGAUAUGGAAAAACCACACGCGUCACAAUCAGAGCUACCAAUGGUACGACCUGUCUCUGAGACUUUGAAGGCCUCAACUGCAACAUGGUUGGAUGAGAAGAAGGUUAACUUAGAUGAUGAUGCAUCCGUUGUAUCCUCAUCAAAUACGUUCUUUUCUAUGUCCAGUCAACAAGACGAUGAUCGAGUAGGGAUACCACCUCCGCCAACAGUAGAUGUCUCUGCCAAAGAGUUUGAAUGUCCGUUCUGUUGCAUUAUAUGCCCUCGAAAAAUACUGGAAAGGAAAGCAUGGGAGAGCGACGGCAGUACUUCCUCUGGCAAAGAAGUUUCCCAUGGGGCUCGGGUUGACUCUGACAGCUCGGGGGACCUAUCCAUUGGCAGUGUCUAUGAUGACCAAGGUAACCUAGAUAACGCAGAUAACGCAGAUCCUGUGCCAGCUUUGGAGCAAGUAGGGAUACCUAAAGGUGCCGGUAACGACAACACUGUGGAACGUCUCCUAGACGCUUGCUACGACGGGGACUAUGGGCUCGUCCAGCUUCUCCUUGGAGGGGGAUCCGACGUCAGCACACCGGACAGGAACAAAUCGCUUGCUUUACAGGCUGCUUCUUCAGCCGGGCAUGUGGAUAUUGUCCACCUUCUUUUAAACUAUGGAGCCGACGUCAACGCAUCUAAAGGAAGCGAUAUGGAUGCUCUAUGUUCUGCUUCGUUGGGAGGGCACACGGAGGUUAUCCGGCUUCUUCUAAGCUAUGGAGCUGAGGUCGACGUACUGUCUCUACAAGUUGCUUCUAACAAAGGGCAUACGGAGAUUGUCCGGCUCCUUCUAAACUUUGGACCUGAUGUCAAUGCACCAGCUCUACAGAUUGCUUCUAGAAAGGGGUAUACAGAGAUCAUUCAGCUCCUUCUAGCCCAUGGAGCCGACGUCGACGCACAGCGCGAAUACGAUGAGAAUCCUCUACAGGCUGCUUCUGCAGGCGGACAUGUCGAGGUUGUCCGGCUUCUUCUAGCCCAUGGAGCCAACGUCAACGCACAGGGCGGAGUCAAUGGAAAUGCUCUACAGGCUGCUUCUGCAGGCGGACAUGUCGAGAUUGUCCGGCUUCUUCUAGCCAAUGGAGCCGACGCUAGCAUACACGGCGCAAACCAUGUGAAUUAA